AUGAAUGACUACAGGCUGGAGCAGGACCCCGCGACCAAGGAGAGGACCUUCAAGCGCUUCGCUCCGAGGAAAGGAGACAAAAUAUACAACGAAUUUAAGAAAUUCUCGUUUUACUCCGAGGCCUACAAGCCUUUGAAGUUCGCGUGCGAAGCCAUCCUGGAGAAAUACGAGGAGGACAUCUUCUCGCUGGUGGCGCGGGACGCGCGCUCCCUGGCCGACCGGCUGUGCGGCGCGAAGCCAGAUCUGUGUGCAGCGCCUGCCAACCACACUGAGCUCUAG